CUCCCGCCCGCGAGAAGAUGGCGGCGCCCUUAGCGCGGCAGCUGCAGGAGCUGCUCGACCCGCGGCCCAGCUUCCGCGACCCCGAGGACGACGCGGAGGAAGCUACAGUUGCUAAAGUGAUUGACAAAUUUGAGGAUGAAACUGCAGAUGACAUUUUCCCUGUUGGUAAUAUACGGAAAAAAGCUUCAGCCUCUCUCCUGGCAGCUGAUAAAAGGUACAUUGGAAAAGCCACAUCUCGCAGAGCCUUGCAAGAAGAACUCUGGGGAGAUGCUCUGUCUGAAGAAGGAUCUGCUGAAGAAACGUUAGAUGAAUUCUCCAUCGGCAGUGAAGAUUCGGAAGAUGAGGGCAGCUUAGGCAGUAAAGCAAAGGAGAAACCCAGCGGUGCUGGUAGUGACCAGGAAGAUGACUUGGAAAAUGAUGACGAGAAGGAAACAGAUUUGUCUGUCAAGCUCAAGGCACCAGAGUUCAGUUCCCAGAACAUCACUGACUUUGAGAAAUUUACAGAGGGAAUGGAUGAUGUAGGCAGCAGUGAAGGGGAAGAUGAAGAUGAUGCCAGCAUGGAAGAAGCAAGUGAUGAGGAGAAAUAUCAGAAUGAAAACCAUGACAAUAUAAAAGACACCAAAGAGAGCGAGGAUGAUGGAGGAAUGAUGACAUUCUCAAAAGGACAAGUGGUUGAAGAAGUAGAAAAGGGAAAAGCUGUGAAAAACCAGUUAGCACUGUGGGAUCAACUAUUGGAAGGGAGAAUCAAGAUGCAGAAAGUCCUCCUAACAGCUAACCGGCUUCCACAGCCAGAUACUUUCCCAAUCUUUAAAAAAGAAGGUGGACAAGAAUUUGACAAUGCCGUCAAGAAUGGUUAUAAAGCCCUGAAGGUGUUGCUGAGAACAUUAGUGGACCUUCAAGAUGAGCUGCUUUAUCAAUACCCAGGCACGAGGCAUCUGGUAGAUGGAAAGCAAUCAAAAAUUGAGAGUGAUGAUGAAAUCCUCAGCAGUAGCGAUGAAGAGAAAGUGGAUGAGCCUCAGAAGAAGAGUAGGAGCCUCCCGAAACGAAAGCUAAAGAUGGAAGACUACCCAGAAUUCGUGGCCAAGCGGUUUGCUGACUUCAGAACGUAUCGGAACAAUGUCUUGCAGAAGUGGCAUGACAAGACAAAGCUGGCGUCAGGCAAAAUGGGAAAGGGUUUCGGUGCCUUUGAGCGUUCAAUCUUGACUCAGAUUGAUCAUAUUAUGAUGGACAAAGAGAGAUUACUACGGCGGACACAGACCAAGCGAUCAGUAUAUAGAGUGCUUGGAAAGCAGGAACAGGAAUCUCCUCCAGUCCCUGAAUCUUUGCCUGAAAAUUCGGAAGUCCUCCCUCAGACAGAUUCCAACAGGCACCUGAAGGAUGUAGAUGAGGAGAUAUUUGAUGACGACGACUUUUAUCACCAGCUCCUUCGAGAACUUAUUGAGCGUAAAACCAGCUCAUUGGACCCCAACGAUCAGGUAGCAAUGGGCAGACAGUGGCUGGCCAUCCAGAAGUUACGAAGCAAAAUAAAGAAGAAAGUCGACAGAAAAGCCAGCAAAGGAAGGAAAAUCCGGUAUCAUGUCCAUAGCAAGCUGGUGAGCUUCAUGGCACCUAUUGACCACUGUACAAUGAAUGAUGAUGCCAGGACGGAGCUUUAUCGUUCGCUGUUUGGAAAAAUCACCCGCCCUGAAGAACCCGAGCAGAAUUAGCGCUGGGCCCUGGCGUCAGGUCCAACCGCCCGGGGGGCUCCCCACCGCGGGCCCCUCGCUCGGCCAAGGCGCAGCGGGUGCAGCUCCGGGAAUCGGACCCUGUGUCGCUGCGGGCGGUCCCCUACUUGGACGUCUGCUGUGCUCGGAGGCAGCAGGCAGCCCUGCUCUGCUGCGGUCGCUCUGUGCUGCCCCGGAGCACCCGGAGCAAGGUCUGUGCGGCGGCUGCCUUGCUCCUCAGACAGCUCAAGAACAGCCUGUGCGCAGAGACACGUUAGCACCCUUCUUCCCAAGGCCGGAGAAGAAGUGCGGUCUUGCUGCUGCAUCGGGCUCUCUUGCUGGGGGUUCAUUUGUUGCACAUAAAUUCCCAUUAAAACGUACAGCGUCAGAAUGCCGCGUGUGGGACAGACGUUUAGCGUCCCCAAUGCCCUCCUCGCCCAUGCUCCGGGGGCCUCUGCCUCCUCCCAAAGGCAACCCAUUUCCAACUCUUCUUUUCCAAUUCCUGGCCCUGAUUUAGCAAUCUGCUCAGCACAGGUGCGUUGUUCUGCUGGGGGCCCCUUCAGCCCAGCAGGGACCAGCAGCCCCCCAGGCCGCUCACCCAGCUUUGAAUUCAAUCUUCAGUUUUUUAGUUGUGGGAUUGGUGAGGGUUUUUGAAGCAUGCAGUUCUGUUCAUUGACUGCAUAUCUGGAAUGUGUGACUUUGUUCUGAGUCAAGAGGAUUUAAAUGUCAUUUACAUAAUUAACAUGGCCUUAAAACACGGAAAAGGUGCUCACCCUUAGCGCCAGCCCCAUCUCCCCACUCACACUCCGGUUUCUGAAGCAGCACUCGCUGCUCACAUGGACGUUUGCUGACCGGUGAUGAGCAUGACACAGGACACGGCUGGGGCUGUUCCUGCAAUUAGAAGAUAUCGGUGAAUUUUCAGUCCAGCAUUGAUCCUGCACACUUAAUUAUUGCUGUUGAACAUGACUCUGAGCCGUCCCGGCUUCCCCAUCACCAUGACACACUUGUGAAAGCUGCCGGCACGUGUAGAGCUGGCCGGCGGAGCUGCCUCACUUGGGGGUUUCUGUGGGGUUGUGUAUCCAAAGGUCAGAAGCUGGAAAUUAAAUCCCCGUAAGGGGAAUUUAUGAGCCUGCUGUGAUCAAUCUCAAAUGGAGGUUAUCUUGCGUAAAUAACGUGUGCAUAUGUAUGGAUAAUAAGAUGGCCAAUGCUUGCGACCGCAGGAACUACAGUGUCUCUGUUUUGUGUUUUCUACAACCUAAUUAAAGCGUUUUGUAAACCGA